AUGGUACCAGCAGAACCCUUAAUAGUCAAUGAUGAGAUGAAUGCCUCAUCACUAGAGAUGGAGCAACAACAGGUGCAGUCCCGAAAUACUCGGGUCCAGGGCCACCAAAACCAUAAUCAUCAACUUAGCCUCCAGCAUCAUCUUCAUCACCACAACCUCGCAAUUUCAUCGCGAGCCUCUAUUCACCUCCACCCUAGUCACCACCACAGUCACUGUCGCGGGAAGAGGAAGGGCUCCACAUUCUCUUCCAAGUCAUCAACUUCUUCGUCAUCGUCGUCCUCAUCGUCUUCCACGUCCAAUCUUGUUCCGCCUACAUGGAUUGAACAGAAAAUUACCCAACUUAACUGUGCCAAAUACGUCCCCGCAAUCAGAUCUCCCGAUCGAUGUGGUUGCGGUCGAUUCCCGGAGGAGCAUGAUCUUUAUGUAAUUCGUGAUGCGCGUAUGGACGCCCAUUUAGAACCGGAAAAAGAGCGAUGGCAGGUUAAGAGCCACACAUGUGAGGUUCCCACGACCGCCUUUGGCACUGUCGAAUUUCAGGGCGGGCCACAUCCCACUAAAGCUAGGGUUUGCCUAUCGAGUACGAUCUGUGAUAGCUCGAAUGGCACAGAUAUUCCUCAUACAGCCAGCUAUUCAGUUGAUAUUUUUUAG